AGAUAAAACAAACUGAAAGUAGAUUAAAAUGAGUAGAAAGGUUCUAUCCUCGAUUGAGGUGGAUACUGAAAAUACGCAUGUUUAUAUCCCGAAGAAAAAAGAAACAUUGUCGUCAGGAGUGCCGAGGAAAAUGUUCCGAGAAGUAUCGAAUGAAACCUCGCAUGCUAUCAACGGAAAUGGAAAACAAGUUCAGACUACACUCAAAACUGUGAAGAAAGUUGCGAGAGGGAAAGAAUUAGUGGAGAAGGCUACAAAUACUUCACCUGAAGUGGAAGGAGAGAAUUUAGUGUGUGACAGUUGCAAAAAGAAUGUUUUGCCAGAAAAUAAUACAAACGAUAUGGAUGAUCUUGAGAAACUGUUAACUGCUGACGACUUAGAUGACCAUCAGACCGAACAGUACUGGAAGUGGGUCUGUGAGGAAACCAGAGAGUGUUUGAAAGAGACCCUAGAAGAAAAGGAGCAGCUGGCUGGAGAUCUGGAAAAAGAGAGGAGGAAAAGCGGGUCUCUGGAGCUGAAGUUGGUCCUGAUGGAGGCUAAAAUAGAAGCGAUGAAGGAGUUUGUCACCUCUAAGUUGGGAUUAGAAGAAUUCGAGUUCUUAAACGAAGAUGAAGAAAACCUAUAAAGUCAGCAGACAAUUAUCUCACUUUGCAAUACAUAUUCCUAGUGCCUUAACUGCAAAUACAAAACACACUACUUUUCGUGCUAAAAUAUUGCCUUACUAAUUAGAUUCUAUUAUUAUGAUUUUGUAUUAAUAUUGAAUGUGCAAAUUAUUUGAGUUUUUUUUUGUGCUAUGUAGUUCAGCUCAGUUUCAGUUAUUUUUUUUAUUUUGUACUUAAUUCGUGUUACGUGAUGAUGAAGAAUUGAUUUUAUAGUUGUUUUGCUGGUUGUGCAUUUGAAGCUUGAUAAAUAUACAUAUUUUUU